UCAAGCAAAACAACGCAGAAGCAAGAUGGAAGGUCGGCGUACAGUCGGCUGAGUGUCACAUGCCCCCAUUUAAUGCUUAAAAACUAUCUGUUUUGAUCUGUUGAAACUCCCUCAAGAUGCCGGGCUCCAUAGAGAUCCCACUGCGCGACACCGACGAGGUGAUCGAGCUCGAUGUCGAUCAACUACCAGAAGGAGAGGAAGUCCUCGGCAUUCUUCGACAGGAGCAGGCGCAACUGCAUCUAUGGGUCAACCUUGCGCUGGAGUACUACAGGCAGGGCAAAGUGGAUGACUUUGUCCGGCUAUUGGAAGCCGGCCGCACCGAGGCACGGCUCGAUUAUCGGGACUUUGAGCAGGACCAGAUGACGUGCCUGGACACACUGGCCGCUUAUUACGUGCAAAAGGCCAGUAAGGAGAAAAACAAGGACCGCAAGCAUGAACUCUUCACCAAGGCCACCCUGCUCUACACCACUGCUGACAAGAUCAUCAUGUACACACAGAACCAUCUUCUUGGAAGAGCCUACUUCUGUCUCUUGGAAGGGGACAAAAUGGACCAGGCCGACGCUCAGUUCAACUUUGUGCUUAACCAGUCUCCCAACAACAUUCCUUCACUAUUGGGCAAAGCCUGCAUUGCAUUCAACAAGAAGGACUACAGAGGUGCCCUGGCCUUCUACAAGAAAGCUCUUCGCACCAACCCAAACUGUCCUGCCGAGGUACGGUUAGGCAUGGGCCACUGCCUCUACCGUCUGGGCAAGCAGGAGAAGGCUCGUGCAGCCUUUGAACGAGCGCUGGUCCUGGACCCACAGUGUGUUGGUGCACUGUCAGGGCUGGCUGUGCUGCAGCUCAAUCAGAAGGGUACCGAGGCGACCCGCGCGGGCGUACAGAUGCUGUCGCGCGCUUACGCCGUGGACCCUUCCUGCCCUGUCGUGCUGAACCAACUUGCCAACCACUUCUUCUUCAAGAAGGACUAUGGGAAGGUGCAGCACCUGGCACUGCACGCCUUCCACAACACUGAAAACGAGGCCAUGCGUGCCGAGAGCUGUUACCAGCUGGCCCGCUCCUUUCAUGUCCAAGAGGACUAUGACCAGGCCUUCCAAUAUUACUACCAGGCUACCCAGUUUGCACCACCGUCCUUCGUGUUGCCGCACUUUGGCCUCGGCCAGAUGUACAUCUUCCGUGGUGACGUGGACAACGCAGCACAGUGCUUUGAAAAAGUGCUCAAGGCGCAGCCAGGCAACUAUGAGACUAUGAAGAUCCUUGGAUCAUUGUACGCCAACUCGUCAAGCCAGUCUAAGCGAGACCAGGCAAAGACACACCUCAAAAAGGUUACAGACCAGUUUCCUGAGGAUGUGGAGGCCUGGAUAGAACUGGCUCAGAUCUUGGAGCAGAGCGACGUCCAAGGGGCGUUGUCGGCAUAUGGAACAGCCACCCGCCUUCUUCAGGAUAAGGUGAAGGCCGAUGUGCCUCCGGAGAUCCUGAACAAUGUGGGCGCGCUGCACUUUCGAAUGGGCAACCUGCAGGAAGCGCGACGUUUUUAUGAGGCCUCCCUGGAGCGCAGUCGCACGGAGGCCAACAAUGACGAGCACUAUUACAGCUCAAUCUCGGUGACCACCACUUACAACCUUGCUCGGCUGUACGAAGCCCUCAGUCUCUUCGACAGGGCUGAGCAGGCAUACAAGAACAUUCUUCGGGAGCAUCCCAACUACGUUGACU